AUGUGCCCCAUUUAUGUUGGGGGAGACCACACUAAAGUCAGUGGGUCCUGUGGCAGGACGCUGCCCCCCAAAAGGAGAGUCUCUGGGGGCUCCCUGCUUCAGGAAAACAGAAAAUGGGGUCUUACGGAGGGCCCCAGGAAGGACUCAGGGCUUGUAACAACAACCACAAGCCAAUACCCCACCCCGCCGUCCUACCCCGUGCAGGCCCCCGCCAACCCCCCCGUGUACCCACAGACUGUGCCCCUCCCGCAGCCGCCGCCCUACACCGAUGCACCUCCUGCUUAUUCCGAGCUUUACCGUCCCAGCUUCGUGCCUCUGGGAGCUGCCACCGUACCUACGAUGUCUGCAGCGUAUCCGGGCGCUUCCGUCUUCCUGCCCAUGGCCCAGUCUGUGGCUGUGGGGCCUCUCAGCUCGUCGGUCCCGAUGGCCUAUUACCCCGUGGGACCGGUUUAUCCUCCGGGCUCCACAGUCCUUGUUGAAGGUGGCUUUGAUGCUGGAGCAAGGUUUGGGGCUGGUGGAACAGCCAGCAUCCCUCCCCCCCCUCCAGGCUGCCCCCCCAACGCCGCCCAGCUGGCCGUCAUGCAGGGAGCCAACGUCUUGGUGACGCAACGGAAGGGAAACUUCUUCCUGGGAGGCUCAGACGGUGGCUACACUAUCUGGUGANGGGGGAAGGGGGGAGAGGGGGGGGGCUACAUUUGUGUAAGGAAAGACAUCACAUACUGUCAGCACUUCUCACGAUGUAACUGCUUUAGUCCAUAUUAACCUGAAGUUGCAGAUCAGACACACAGCGGUGAGGUGUCUUCCUGGUGCGGUGCCCGGCCCCGCAGGCGCUUCCAAGCGAAACAAGAAACCCUGUUAGUGAGAGCGGCGCCUCUGUUCGGGCGGGGAGGGGGGGAAUUAAUUCCCGAAAUGAAUGUGAGCGCAGCAGCCCUGCUUCUUCCUUUCAUUUCGCCGGAGUAACACCGCAGCGCUGAGCUUUAUUAACGGGCUCCCUGUCCGCCGGCUUGGGGGGGCCGGGCAGCGGGGCCGUGUUCGCCGUCCCUCGGCGCUCGUACCGGUCCCCUGGACCCAGAGCCCAACCACCCGCGUUUCCCUUCCGUCCAGGCGAGGCGCUGGAUAGAAAAGCAAAGCAAAACUUCCCUUCCCAGCGGUGGGGAGGGCACC